AUGGGGCUGCGGGCCUGGCUGCGCUCGCUCGGCUGCUGCGGCUGCUGCGGCGGGGAGGCGGCGGCGCCCGAGAAGGAGCCUCUGCUCAGUAACAACAACCCCUACGCGUCCUUCGGAGCCACCCUGGCUCGGGAUGAGGAGCAGAACCUGUGGAGCACCCCCCACGAUGUGACCCACACAGAGGCUGACGAUGACCGCGUGCUCUACAACAUGAUCGUGGUCAGGAACCAGCUGGACAAAGACUCGGAGGAGUGGCAGAAGCUCAACUAUGACAUUUACACUCUACGGCAGACCCGGAAAGAAGUGAGGAGCAGGUGGAAACACAUUUUGGAGGAUUUAGGUUUCCAAAAGGAAGCAGAUUCCCUCUUGUCAGUGACCAAACUCAGCAUCAUCAGUGACUCUCAGAACAUGAGCAAAGCCCGGGACAUCUUGUUAAAGCUCUCGGAAGAGACCAACAUCUUCCCGACCAGCUGGGAGCUUUCUGAGCGCUACCUGUUCGUGGUGGACCGGCUCAUCGCCCUGGACGCUGCGGACGAGUUUUUCCGGAUGGCCAGCGCGGUGUAUCCCAAGCGGCCCGGCGGGGACAGGCCGGACGAGGGCCCCAGGCCCCUGCAGAGUGUCCUGGCUGCAGUGCCCUGAGGGAUGGAUGUAUCUCUCCAGCGUGAGGCUCUGCAGGCAGGCUGCUGUGCCCGGGGCCAGCACAGAGUGCCCUCCUUGUUUCCCUGUGGAGAAGCGGGCGGGCAGCGAGCUGUGCCCAGCAGAGCGCACGGAACGGCGGGCGCUGGCCCCGAGGAGCUCCCAGGCAUGGGGGAGUGAGAGCUGCCCUGGAGUAGCCCUGGUGGGCCACCACUGGCCAGUAGUGAAUGCAGUAGGCACGGGGAGGAGCUGCCUUGCAAGGAAUUGCUGCCAGGAGCCGCAAAGGUUCAGGUGCCUCUGGUUCCAAGGGCUGCGAGAAAUCCACCUUUCCGCUUUCCUUUCUGUCCCCUCCCUAGAGCCUGCCAGCCUGGAGGAAAAGCACCUCUGUCAUCUACAACUCUGUGACUGGUCCUCUUCCUCACCCCAGCCCUCCAGGCAGGUCCCAGGGAAUCUGGGAAAGAGGCAGGAGCUGUGCCAGGACAGGAUUUAGUUCCAGGCAGCAAAGCCUUGGAGCAGCGUCACAGUUGGGUGCUCCAUCCCCAGCCAUUAGUGGUUGAGGGAUGUUUUUGUCAGGGGUGCUCAGCUUGACAUCUUAAAAGAAGAUGGAGUUUAGGAAGGUGCCAAGUUCAGAGCUGCUGAGAAUUUGGCUCCUGGAACAUUGGUUGCCCAGCAUCUCGUUCUAUUUUGAAAAGUUUUGGUCUUAAUUGCCUAAAAAAAGACUCCACCACAAAGCUGCACAUACUGGCAAUAUAAAAAUCCUCAUUACCAGCAGGGAUGGUACAUCCUUUUUAUCCUGGGGUUUUGACUGAUAAUAAGCAAUAAUUUUUAAAACAUUGGAUUUGAUAAUUUAAAAACAAGUUCUUCGCUGAUAAACACACAUGCUGCUAAUUGGCCAGUUGAAAAUGCUGGUUACACAGGGCCUCCCAAAGUAGCAAACCAGAGCUUUUAUUUGUUUUUACCUACAGCAUUUGAAAAAAAAUAUAUUUAUGAGCUGUUUUUGUUUGUCAGUCUUCCUGGGAAACAUUUUUGUCAACUCAGAACAGCAGUGAAAGCUGAGUUUAAUAAAGAAAACAUUACAAAACCAGCCUUUCUUAUUCUCUGUGUGAACCUAUUCAGGUAACAAUAUUUAUGUUGACUGCUGAUAGCAAAAGGGUUGGGAUAUUUGUAGAACCUCUGCAGCUUGUUCUCCACUCACUUUAAAUUUCCUGUUGACUUAUGGGAGUUACAUUUGCCAACCUAAGACCAAAGUCUUUGUAGGACAUGAUGGGGAUCACACUUAAUUUCAGUGGGAUUUGGCAUUAGGUACCCAUUUCCUACGGAUUUAUUUUUUUCUAGCAGGAGUUCAGCUGCCCUUUGGAAAACCUCCCGUGUUUUUACAGAAAAUAAACCUUGCUGUGUGACAAA